AUGAAGCUGCGAACGCGACUCUGCAAGAAGAGUUCCCUAAAAACCACCGAGGCAGCAGGGGAAGGCAGCCAAACAAGUUCGAAUUAUCCACUGAGCUGCGUGGAUUGGAGCAGCAAUGAGGAGAUAUAUUUUGUGAGCGAUGACCACCAGAUCUUCAAGUGGAGCGACGUGACCCGAGACUCUGUGGAGGUAGCCAAACUGCCAGAUGACUUUGUCCCUACGGACCUGCACUGGCUCCUGCUAGGCGGCCGGAGCAGUGGCGGGGGCAAGGGCAGCGACACCUUGCUGGUGUGCAGCAACGAUGGCCGGUUCGUGAUCCUCAAUAAGAGUGCCCGCGUGGAGCGAAGCAUCUCGGCCCAUGGGGCAGCUAUUAGUUCGGGACGAUGGAGUCCUGAUGGCGCCGGUCUGCUCACCGCUGGCGAGGAUGGUGUGAUCAAGAUCUGGUCAAGAUCCGGUAUGCUACGCUCCACGGUGGUGCAGAACGAGGAGGCCAUACGCUGCGCUCGCUGGGCACCCAACUCCACCUCGAUUGUGUUCUGUCAGGGAAGUCAUGUGUCCAUCAAGCCACUGGCAGCUAAUAGCAAGCUUAUAAGGUGGCGCGCCCAUGAUGGCCUGGUUCUGGCCCUCAGUUGGUCCGCUCAGUCCAAUGUCAUAGCCUCCGGCGGCGAGGACUUUCGCUUCAAGAUCUGGGAUGCCCAGGGCGCCAAUCUGUUUACCAGUGCCGCCGAGGAGUUCGCCAUCACGAGUGUGGCCUUCAAUCCCGAGAAGGAUUACCUGCUGGUUGGCACUUUCAAUCUGCUCAAGCUGUGCCACAGCACGGGAUGGUCCUACAACAGUGCCCGCUUUACGGCCCCGAGUGUGGGCUCCUUUUUCAGCUUGUCCUGGUCGGCGGAUGGCACUCAGGUGGCGUGUGGCACCUCCACGGGUCAGCUAAUAGUGGCCUAUGCCAUCGAGCAGCAAUUGAUCUCCAGGAAUCUAAAGGCCACCAGCAAUAGUCGCAAGUCCAUUGCUCUAAAGGACAUUGCCAAUGGCACCCAAGAUGUCCUGGAUUUUCCGCAGCGCGUUAUUAACUUUGGUCUGGGCUAUGGACACCUGGUGGUGGCCACCACCCAUCAGAUUCACAUCUACAAUGAAAAGUACAUCAAUACCCCUAUUAUAGUCGAUGGCAGGAACGAUACCAGGGUCAUUGAAGUGGGCAAGAAAUACUUUAUGAUCUUGGAUGCCUCGUCUAUAUGGGUGUACACCUACACGGGUCGCCUGCAUUUGAAUCCCCGAUAUCCCGGCUCCCAAGCGCAGAUUCCCCUGCUCACCUGGCGCUCCCUCUCCUUGGGCCUUGAUGUCCUGGCCAUUCGUGACAAUUCAGACCCCACGCUGCUUCACCUUUUCGAUCUGAUACCAGGUGCAUCGCGGCAGUACGAUCCGCAUUCGUUGAGAGCCAAGCAGCCGCUGGCGGAGAUCGCCGCCUGUCGAGCGGGCACACCGGAUGACCAGUUCGUGGCCUUCAUAGACUCCAAUCGGGAGCUGUUCGUCAGUGAGUCGCGCAAUCUCAGUGGUGAGCGGACCGACGAGAUUUACAAGAUCGGGACGCAGCUCACGGCGAUUAAAUGGGCCAGCGAGACGAAUAUCCUGGUGGGAGUGCACGACUCCUGCUACAGCAUUUGGUACUGUCCCGGAGAGGGAGCCUCCGAUCCCACGAUCAUUGCCCUCACCACCAUUACCUUGGACACCGCGGAAUUCGGCAAGCAGAUUGCCAUCGAGAGUUUCGAGGAUGCAGUAAUUACUUUUCGUUGUGCUGGGGCCCUGCUCCCCGUCAAUGUGAACAUCUACUGCGAGGUCCUGCAUCGCGCUCUGCUCGAGGGCCAGUGGCCGCAGGCGCUGAAGAUCUGCCGGCUGGCACAGCAUGCCAGUCUGUGGGCCACCUUGGCGGCGGUGGCCACCAGGAAACACCAACUGCAGAUUAGCGAGGAGGCCUAUGCAGCCGCCUUGCAAAUCGACAAGGUGAGCUACCUGCAGCACCUAAAGACACUGACGCCCUCGAGUGCCGAGCAGAUGGCAGAGAACUCGCUGAUGCUGGGCAGGAUGCUGGAGGCGGAGACGAUCCUGCUGCAUGGCCGUAAGAUCCAACAGGCGGUGGGUCUGUCCCUGCGAAUGCACAACUGGCGGAGAGCCUUGGAAAUUGCCCAGAAACAUAGAGUGGAGGAGCCGGACCUGAUGCAGCGGGUGCUCCAAGAGAGGAUCAAGUACCUCAAGGCGUUGCAAAGGGAGGAAUGGGAUCCCACAUACCUACCUCACGUGGUAAAAGAGGAUCCUAAUAGUAGUCCCAGCGAAUAG